UUUCAAUCCCGUUUCAGAUGGCUCGUAACAAGGUAUACUUGGAUUUCCAAAUUUCCUUUUUUUUUCCUUUCAAAGGUUCGAAUCAGCGCUGCCAUCUUUCGUGUCUGAAAUUCGGCAAUCGAUCGAUAUUUUCACGUGAAGCAUUGGUUUUGCUGCUCGAUGUUGGCCCCUCUAUGCACAAUCUUCUCCCAGAGAUUGAAAAAGUCUGCUCCAUGCUCGUACAAAAAAAGCUAAUUUACAACAAGAGCGAUGAAGUAGGCAUAGUUCUAUUUGGAAGUGAAGAUACUGACAAUGCGCUGACAAAGGAAGUGGGUGGGUAUGAACAUGUGGUAGUUUUACGACAUAUCAAAGUGAUUGAUGGUGAUAUGGUUGAUGCUCUGCAAAAGCUUCCCAGAGGAACUGCUUGUGGUGAUUUUCUGGAUGCCAUUGUGGUUGGAAUGGAUAUGCUGAUAAAGAAAUUUGGGCCAACAAACAAGGGCAAGCAACGUCUGUGUCUCAUAACUAAUGCACAGUAUCCCACAAAAGAGCCAUUUGAAGGAACAAAGGAAGAUCAGAUUGACACCAUUUCUGCACAGAUGAAGACCCAUGGCAUGAGACUGGAUUGUAUAAUCGUGAGAGGAAAGCUAACUGGAGCUGCGAAUAAGAAGAUAAUGGAUGAGAAUGAUCUUCUAUUGAACAGAUUUUCGAAGAAAACAAUUUCAAAAUCAGUCUAUGUUGAAAGCCCAACUUCAUUGUAUGGUGCUCUUAGAACUCGAAAUAUAUCUCCUGUUACUAUAUUCAGGGGUGAUCUCGAGCUAAGCCCAUCGAUGAAGAUCAAGGUGUGGGUUUACAAGAAAACAUCUGAAGAAAAGUUUCCUACACUAAAGAGAUAUUCUGAUAAAGCACCUUCAAAUGAUAGAUUUGCAACACAUGAAGUCAAGGUAGAUAUUGAAUACAAAAGCUUGGAAAAUCCUAACAAAGUUGUACCCCCAGAACAAAGGAUUAAAGGCUAUCGUUAUGGGCCUCAAGUGGUUCCUAUUUCAUCUGCUGAGUGGGAGGCUGUGAAGUUCAAACCAGAGAAAAGUGUGAAGCUUCUAGGUUUUACAGAUGCCUCCAAUGUUAUGCGGCACUACUAUAUGAAAGAUGUUAAUGUCUUCAUUCCUGAACCGGGCAAUGCAAAGGCCAUUCUUGCUGUUUCUUCAUUGGUAAGAGCAAUGAAGGAAAUGAACAAGGUUGCAAUCUUGCGAUGUGUAUGGAGACAAGGGCAAGGGAGUGUCGUCAUUGGAGUAUUGACACCAAAUAUAUCUUCCCUGGAUAAUAUCCCAGAUUCAUUUUACUUCAAUGUACUUCCUUUUGCUGAGGAUGUUCGAGAGUUUCAGUUUCCAUCCUUCAACAAUUUCCCACCGUCAUGGCAGCCAAACGAACAACAGCAAGAGGCAGCAGACAACUUCGUCCGGAUGCUUGACCUUGCACCAUCUGGGAAAGAGGAAGCUCUGCAACCUGAUUUUACUCCCAAUCCUGUCUUGGAGGUUAUACUUGGUUUGCAAUUUUUCUACCAUCUGUUAUGCUUGUUUGGCAUGGUUUCAUUCAUGAUGUCCUUUUGUAUUCAACGCUUUUACCAUUUCCUUGAGUUAAAAUCAAAGCAGCCAGAUGCAGAUGUGCCUCCACUUGACAGAACUCUUAAGCGGGUCGCUGAACCUGAUCCAGAGCUUCUUUCUCAAAACCAGUCUGUUAUAGCUAACUUCAGAAAUAAGUUCGAGCUAAAGGAGAAUCCAAAGAAAAAGAAGUCAUCUAGACUAUUAUGGAGGGAAAAACGAUCAGCCUCAGACGAGGGGGAAAAGGAUGCUGAAGAUGUACCUGAUGUUCAGAGUGUCAAGCUAAUUGGAAAUUCAUCUAAAAUGAAGGUUGAAGAAAUUGGGGAUCUGAACCCUGUACAAGAUUUUGAAGCCAUGAUGGCACGUAGAGAUAGCUCUGAGUGGGUCAGUAAAGCAAUCAGAAAUAUGAAAGUUCUCAUUUCUGACCUCUUGGAUAGUUCUUGUGAAGGGAAUCACUAUGACAAGGCAAUGGAAUGUUUAGUGGCCCUUCGCAGGGGUUGCAUUCUCGAGCAGGAACCAAAAGAGUUCAACCAAUUUAUGCAAGAACUUUCUAAGAAAUGCAAAGAAAAGAACCUCAAGAGAUUUUGGGAGCUCCUUAUCUCUAAACAUGUCACACUUAUCAGCAAGGAGGAAGCUAUAGACAGUGACGUGGCAGACAAUGAGGCCAAAAGAUUCCUGGUUAAAACUGAGCUGACAUCUGAGUAGGAAACUGAGUUGACUGGCAUUGACAAUGAAGUGUGUACUAAGAUGGUGGUGUGAUCUUGGAACAGUAAUUGAUCACAUUGCUAACGGAUACAGAUAGGGUGGCAAUUGGGCCGAGCAAAACAAACAAUUUGGGAGGCCCUGAGCUGCUCAGUUGAAAAUCCAGCACUAACCCAUCUCAGGCCCCAACCUAACCCUAGGUACCCAAGUGGCAGACGUCAACAUGGUAGAUUGCAUUGCCAAACAAAAAAAUUGGAAUAUUGCAACCCUUGACCCUUUUUUUCAUAAUAUCUUCGAUUUCAUCAUUUUAUCCUGAUAAUGUUGUGAUUUAUGGUGAUUUUUCCAUGUGAUUUAUGGCGAUAAUACAGUGGGCCACCUUAUAUGUUGAGCCAAACCA